AUGCCGCCGCGCCGCCGAGGAGCGUCGGGCUACCGCGGCGUCCGCCAGCGCCCCAACGGCUGGUACUCCGCCGAGAUUCGGUCCGGCGACGUCCGGCUCGGCCUCGGUACGUUCGAGACCUCGCAUGAGGCCGCACGCGCCUACGACGCGGCGGCGUGGCGCCUGAACAGGCCGCGCCGGCAGAUGAACUUCCAGGAUGUCCACACGUGCCAGCAGGCGCAGGACGUCGCCCCUCCACCUUGUCUUAUCACGGACCAGGACCGUGCGGAGCACGCUCGGCGGCAGCGCCGCCUCCUCGUCGCCGAGGAGGAGGAGCGGGCCAUGGCGGAGUGGCGCCGGCGCCACCCGGAGGACGUCGCCAACGAGGAAGCCUUCUGGGCAAGGCGCCGCGAGGAGCAGACGGCAAAGCGCCGCGCGGAGCGGUUGGACAGGCUUCGGCGGAAGGCCCUGGCGUUACCGCAGUGCGAAAUCGUUCAAAAUGGUGGGCAGACGAUCUUUUCGUCUGAUGAUGACCGUUGGGAGGACAUGUGGCUCGAUACUUCGGACCAGACCAGUGAGGAUGGCGAUGAUGAUCAUGACGACGACGACUGGGAGUAG